AUGAAAGAUCAACAACGAGUUGAAGUCUCGGUUCAGCACUUAAUCGUCAAAGGACAGAACAUGGAAACCAUAUACGAUGAAAUAGAGAUAGAAGAUUUCACAUUUGAUCCCGUAACUCAGUUGUUUCAAUACCCUUGUCCGUGUGGUGAUCGAUUUGCCAUUAGUAUUGAUGAUCUACAAGAUGGAGAGGAUAUAGCUGUUUGUCCAAGUUGUUCAUUGAUGGUGAAGGUUAUAUUUGAACCUGAGGAUUUGAAAGAGUAUUUGAAUGAACUAAGCUGA